UCACUCUGUGUAGUAAGGCCCGGCGCACACCAAUGCAGUGCGGCGGCGGCGAAGUUGCGGCGCUCUGCGCGCAGUGCCGAAUUAAAAAUAGAACACAUGUUAUCUUAUGGGAAUGCCCACACCGAUGCAGUGCGGCGGCGGCGCGUUGGCGGCGCACAUCAUGCGCGCCGCACAAACCAGUCAUUGGCAGUAUUUUCUUGCAGUGCGCGUGCGGUGAAAAUAUUUUAUACUAUACUAAUAAUUGAUUCAUUUAUUAAUUUUCUAUUGAUUAUUCUAUAUCUAUUCAUUUACUAUUGAUAUAUAUUAUAUAUAUUAUAAAAUAUAUUAUAACUAAUAAUAUGGUUGAGCAACAAGACACUAUUGUGACUAUUCAACUAGUACAGGAAAUUGAAAAAUAUGCAUGUUUGUACGAUUAUAAUUUAAAAUCAUAUAGCAACGAUCGGGCAAAAACAGCAGCAUGGAAUGAUGUUUCAAAAACAGUUAAUAUAUCAGUAAGUGAUUGCAAAGAAAAAUGGAGGAAUAUUAGAGGAAGAUACUUAAGGCAAGUUAAAGAACAACCACCAAGUGGAUCUGGAGUCAAACGCAAAAAGAAAGAUUACUAUCUAAGUGAAUACUUACAAUUCAUCGAACCAUUCACCAAAUCAAGACCCCAAACCGGAAAUUUACAAACCCAAGAAAAUGAUAACGAUGGUUCAGAAACUGAAGUUGAUGAUGAAAUUGAUAUUGAUACUUCUAUUACAUGUCAAGAAACUUCUGUACAUAAACCUAAGACAAUAGAUAAAAGUAUAAAAAAAAAAAAUAAUACAUCAUCACUAGAUGAGCUAAAUAAAGUAGCCACUAACUAUUUUACCAAUAAAAAAUUAACAAAGGAAAGAAAUGAAGAACCUGAUGAUCCAGAUAUGAACUUUCUAAAAAGCUUACUACCAGAUAUCAAAGCAUUAAAUCCAAAAGUAAAGAGAACUUUAAAAUAUGACAUAUUAAAACUAGUUAAUGAUGCUAAUGAACAAAUGGAAAUGAGUCAACAAGAACAAAACACAACAAUACAACAAGGCACAUAUCAAACACCCUAUGAAAUUAACCAACCACAAGAUCUCCUACAUCACCACCAAGAAACACAUAAUUCUCCUUAUGGCAUCAACCAAUCCAAGAGUCAACCAUACCAGCAAGAACAACAUGCUCCAUACUGGAGACCAUUAUAAUGUUUUAAAUUUCAGCUAUUUAUUUAAUAGUAUUUCUUUUUAAUUUUGUUUGAUUCUUGUUUAACAUUUC